AUGUCAUCACCUUACAGUCGACCAUCCCAACCUUCUAAUUCGUCGUCGUCGUCUUCGUCGUCGUCUUCUUCGUCUCGACUUUCGCCAGCGUAUAAUGGAAUACCAGCUCGAUCAACUCCUCAAGGAUCUAUUCUACCCUAUAUUCCAGAACGCACAUCGUCGAAUCCCGAGCAAAUCUCAAAGAUUGUCAACUCUCUCAACUAUGAUGUGUCUCAAAUUCGACCUCUUUAUCAAGGACGACUACGUACCAAUGGUGCACCCGACCUAGGAGCUAUCAAUGUCAGUAGUAGACCUACGGCGACGAGUGGUGGCAGUAACGUUACGACACCUACAGCAGCAGCAGCAUCAUCAUCAACUAGUACGCCUAUCGGUACAGCACAUCCAUCGGCUGUUGGUGUAUCGACGUUCGACUGGGCGAGCAUUCCUGUGAGUCCACGUACUAAGCCUGGUAAUACCAAUGAAGGAGGAUGGAAGAUUAGCUCGAAAAGAGUACCCCAUUUACAGGAUCAUUCAUAUCAACAGCAGCAGCAUCACAUUCCACCACCUCUCCAAUCUCCUUAUUAUCAUCAGUUUCCUCAGCAACAACAACAACCGCAACAACAGCAACAGCGUCUACAACGUAUUCAAGUCACCACCGAUUCCAAUACAUUCCAUAGCUUGACAGUGACCGAUCUCAUUGAUCCAGCCGUUAUCAAGACCACCAUCCUUCGAAAGCUGAAUCUGGAUUUAGGACAUCAAUACCUCUAUUAUCAUGAAAAUGGUGUCAUGUACCAGCAUGAGAAUGGUGAACGUUUUUAUGCUCCUUUGACCGAUGAGGAACUUGUCAACAUAUGCCGUGCAUCAGAUGAGAGACCCAAGGAUCAGAUUUCGGUCAUGCUUGCAGAUCAGCUAUUACCACCUUAUGCAAGAGAUGGCAGAGGCAUCUAUCCUGAUAUCCCUAGUGAUUAUCAUUAUCGAUCGCAAUACGCAAGGAAUGUCGUACCGGUUAUGUAUCCAAGGGCAACGGAGCCACACAAUACCUAUUAUGGACAUCCAGGGUCUUCAAUGCAUCCAGAGACCUAUGAUUCUCAAUACAGCCCUGUCAUGUCAAGUUCACCCAAGAUAAUACCUGUGGCCAAUGUUCAUCAUCCUCGUCCCACCACCACCAAUGGACCUGAUUUUAUUCCAUCAUCUUCAGCUGCUACAGCAUCCACCCCUAGUGAUGAGUUACGACAAGACAGCGGCUACUUUGAACGUAGCUACAAGCGAUCCUCAGCACGUAGCACAUCUUCUAUGGAACGACUUUCUCUCCAAGAUCCUCCUCCACCUACACACAAGGCUGCAGAAUUAUGGGCCGUUCCACCUCAACAACCUGUUGCUGUCAAUGAGACCACGGAUAGUAACAAGCAAGCUGCUCCCGUUUCUUUAUGGGCUGUUCCACCUCAACGUCAUCCCGAACCAUCAUCGUCGUCAUCAUCCGCAGCAGCAGAAGAGGAAGGCAACAAGCCUAUUCCAUCAGUAUCGUUAUGGGCGGUACCCCCACAGUCAUCAUCUUCUUCUUCCUUGGAAUCAUCAUCAGCCAAUGAUGAAAGCAAAAAGCAGCAGCAGCAGCAGACGACGUCACUUUGGGCUGUGCCUCCUCAACAUUCCAUGGAAUCAUCCAAUGAUCUUGAUACCAAUAAUGCAUCAGAGCCUGUAUCACUUUGGGCGGUACCUCCACAAAAAGAACAUGAAACGCCUUCUUCUUCAAGUUCGUUAUGGGCCGUGCCUCCACAAAAAGAACAUGAAACGCCUUCGUCUUCUUCUUCUUCUUCAAGUUCGUUAUGGGCUGUACCACCUCAAAAGACGCCUGAUCCUGUGAAGCAACAAUCAACAAGCUUAUGGGCAGUACCACCUCAACGAUCCUUGGAUCCAGUUACAGAAGUUGAGGAUAUUCCAGAGGAUGAUAAUAAUAACAAGCACGCACCUGUGUCAUUAUGGGCUGUCCCUCCUCAACAUGGAUUGGAAGGCGAGGGUGAUGCUAGUGCUGCUACAUCGAGUGAUCAUUCAGGCGAUGGUUUAUGGGCUGUGCCUCCUUCUAAUGCCGAAUCCAGCAAUUCCGAAGCCGACGAUUUGACAUUGAAACCAAGACCACGUCCAAGUGCAUCUACUGAAUCGACUCUUAAAAAGAGAUGGCAUCAUCGACGACAAUACUCUGAUGGUGGUCGUGUAACCAAUGGCAGUGAACCAGAAUCAAUGGGAGGCAAUAGACGCACCGUACGCUUUGUGAGUCCCAAUGCAACUUCCUAUGUCGAGGAUGGCGUUGAAAAAUUAUCAUUACGAGAUGAAGCAGCAUCAUCAUCGAAUGAAUCGGGUCAAUUGGAUGAUAAGCAACAGCAACAUCGCAACAAUCACAAUUUGCAUAUUCAGAUCCCAGCUUCGGAUGAUGAUACUACGAUCUCUUCUCGAUCACCACGCACACCAAGGCAACGUACACCAUUAUCAGCCAACAGUAGUAGCGGUGCAUCACCUAUCUCCAGCUCGCAUGAAACUAGUGAACAUGAGGAUGAAACAUGGGGCGAGCGUCCAUCUAUCGAACAAUUGUACCGUGACAUUGACAAGUACUUGCCUGGUCAUGAUCUUGAUAAAGAGAUUUUUAUUGAUACAUCGAAUCCCGCCGCUGCUGGUGCUGGUCCUACUGCUGCUACACCUGGGACAUCUCCGAAUAAUAAUGCUAUCGCUGCUGCUGCUGCACAAUCCGCUGCUGCUGCUGCUGCUGCACCUGCUCCACGUCGUUUGCAAGGUCAUAAAAAGUCUAUUCGUGUUGUUGCAAAUGAGGCCCAUCGCAACUGGAGACAAGCCAUGAAUGUUAUUCGUGUCAACCAUCUCUUGAGACGACGAAGCACCAAGAUGUGGGGAAGAAAGGUUGAGCAAGUCAAGCCUGGUAUGAUUAUUGAGGAACAAAGUAUCCCCAAGGAGAGUCAAGAUGCUGGUUAUAUAGCACCCACCAAGAUGCAAUGGGUACGUGGUGAGCUGAUUGGCCGUGGAUCAUUUGGUCGUGUUUACCACGCUCUCAAUGUGGCAGCUGGAGAAUGGAUUGCUGUCAAGGAAGUCGAUGCUCCCAAAACGAAAUCGGAUAUGCUGAAUGACAAGAUGCGUGAUGCUGUCGACUCUUUAUAUCGCGAGGUGUCUUUGCUCAAGGAUCUUGAUCAUGAAAACAUUGUCCAGUAUCUCGGCUAUGAUUAUGAUGAAGAGGAAGGCCACAUCAACAUCUUUUUGGAGUAUGUCCCUGGUGGUAGUAUUCUUAGUGUGCUUCACAAGACCGGUCGCUUUGAGGAAGUGUUGGUUCGAUUCUUUACGCGACAAAUCCUUUUAGGAUUGGAGUAUUUACAUGAUCGCAAUAUUAUGCAUCGAGAUAUCAAGGCAGGUAAUAUCCUGGUGGAUCAGAAUGGUGUAUGCAAGAUUACGGACUUUGGUCUCUCCAAGCCGAGUGGUCAAGAAGAGGCAUAUGAUCCCAAUUCCAAUACGCUUAUGAAGGGCACAGUAUUUUGGAUGGCACCCGAAGUGAUUCGAUCCGAUUACAGCGCAAAGAUUGAUAUUUGGAGUCUUGGAUGUACCGUGAUUGAAAUGUUGAGUGGGAAUCAUCCUUGGCUUGACCUGAAUAUGCUUGCUGCCUUGUAUAAUCUCGGAAAAUACCAAGCACCACCAUUACCAGAAGAUGCCUCUGAUGCAGCAAAGGAUUUCCUUAAUCAGUGCUUUAUCAUCAAUCCUGAAGAGCGACCGACAGCAGCUGAUUUACUGGUUCAUCUCUUUGUCCGCCAGGAACCAUCAUUCAAUUUCAAGAAAUACAUGAAAGAAGUGGAAGCCAAAUCGAAGUCUUGA